AUGAAAUGUAUCGGGGUUAUUAAUUCCCCCCGCAUUGAUUUCCAGGUCGCGCUGAACCUGCUGGUGAUUAUUGCCUCGGCUGAUUCACCAGAGCCGACUGCGUCGUCUGUGAGCGACCCGGAGAAAGGCCCCCAGAGCGCAGAGACUCCCGCCAGCCCCGACGACACCGAAACCGCCGAGGAAUCGGGCCGAUCUGCAAAAGAAGCCACCGACCUUCCGAUACUACCGCCGAUAAUUCUCCUGGACUUUGGGGAUGACAAUGCCACCACCUCCGACGAGAAAUCCAAGCGCACCGUGGACAGCGGUCUGGGCUACGGUUACCUCCGCAACAACUUGUUGAACGGAAAAUACAACUACUACUUCCCAGGGGGUAAAACCGGGACAACAGUGAGCAUCGAGGAGUCGAUAAGCCCGUUCGAGCCGAAGACGAUAAUCGAGCCGUUCAAGCCGAUCACAGAGCAGCCAACUGUCAAGCAAGCGCGUCCGCACCAGCAGAGCCUCAACCACAUGUUGAAUCAUCACCAGGUUUACGGGCAGCGCACGAGACUCCAAAAGUACUCACCCCCAGACGCCUACAACCCGCAGGGGUUCACCCCCUCGCCAAAAUCCGGCGUCGCCUACACGACGCUUCGUCCCGAGUACAAAAACGCGCAGAAUCCCCACUCAACCCCGAAGCCCCAGGAGACGUACCCAUCAGGAUUGAGUGAUUACACCUCAUCAAGAUCGGUUUACGACAACUACCAGUCGACGCCGUCGCCGACGGCUUCCUACGACCACCAGAACACCUAUAACCAGAGGCCCUUCGAGACGACAACAGCGAGACCGCUGCCCGUGGAUCCCGCGGCCUUCAACCUCCCGCGGUACACAAUAGAGAACGGAAUCAAAUACGAGAACAAGAUCGUCUGGAGGUACCAGGACGGGCGGAUAGCCAACGGCCCGCCGUCGUCCUUCGUCAACUCGUACUCGGAGUACUCAAGCCCUCAGGCGAGCCCACAUUACCAGAGCCUACAGAGGAACCCGAGCCAUCAGGCUCAAGACGUCCGACAGGAGACAGCUUUCUACGAGAAUCGGGGUCAGGAAGGCCGGUACCAAGAGGCCCAGCCUCCCUCGUACCAGAAUGCUAAUCCCUAUCAGAACGGCCAAGAGCCCGUCAGCAAUAUUCAUAAUCAGAGACCCGCGCAGUUUCCGGUUGACCAGGAUUCCAGGUAUCAGCAGCAUUCGAGUUCGUCCGCUUACAGUUCUUCUCAGCCGCAGCCGUACGACCUCUCCUAUCAGCAGAAGUACGGCUUCAGACCGAGGGAGAACCAUCAGGCCUCCAGGUACGAGAUGAGACCGGUCUCCAAGUACGCGGUUGACAGCCCAAACGCCGAGACGACGCCGACUCCGGAUCUGCUGACUCCCAGCGGACAAUUGAAGCCGAAUUUGCUGUCUAAGUACACGCCGCAAGCGCAGAGGUACCUGACGAAGGUUUUUGGACGGAAUCAGGGGGGGAAGGUGAGGGAGGAGUACCCACAGCCCACGCAGUACCCGAACAGUAACUACGAGAACCUUCUGAACUACAAUCCGUCGAUCUCGCAGUACAUCAGGGAUCCGUCGUCGAUUCUCAAUGCGCAGCCGACGUUCAUUCAGGCGGGGAAUUCCCUGAUUCCCGUCAUCAUUCUGAGGGUCGAUGGCGCACCGCCUGUGCAGACACAGCCCGCACCCAGCAUCAACCUGAAGGCCCUUCUCCAGCAAUACUUGAGCCAAUAUGCGGACAGCAAAGCUACUCUGAGCCAGACGUCUCGUUAUGAGUACAAGGGAGAUCGCAAAUCGGUUGAGUACAGCAAUCCGGUCAACGACUUGACGCGAUUGGCUCAUGUGCUGAGUCGCUACUCGCAGAAGCAGGAGAUCGAGUCGCCCGGGGAUUUUCCCACUCAGAAACUCGCGAAUCAUCCGCUCGAUUAUGAGUCGACGCGGUAUCAUGAGAAGAGCAGUUAUGAUACGAUCGAUCAGGAGAGGGCGCAGGCGAAACCCAAGUAUGGGGCCAGGAUCGGGGGGAAGCAGAAGGUGAAGAGCGUGCAGAUCAUCGAGAACUCCUGAUUCUCGGAUUUCAUGAGCAUUUUUUUUGGGGAAGUUAUUUAUGAGACUCGUGUGUACCUGAUGAAAAAUUAUAAUUUUUUUUUUGUGGGGGAUUUGGUGAUUGAUGGGGACAGUUGGGGGAGUUCUUCCCGUGCCAUUUUCCACUUCUCGUAAUUUUGGAGCGAAGUGGUAAAAGGAGAUGAGUGCUUUUUUUUAAAUAAAAAUUUUUGCGUGAAUCACAAUGAAAUAUUAAUUUUCAAAGGGUAAUAAUAAUGUUACGAAGUUCGAAAAAAUUGACUUAUCUUCUUUUACCAAUUCGCUUGUGAAUUGGUUGCAGUGGGGCGGGUUAAGUAAAGGUCAUGGGAUUAACGUUUGAUGUAAUAGCAAAAACCGGUUGCAGUUAUUAGUCGAUUGGGGACAGUCGGGGUUUUGAUGUGGACACGUUUUUAACACUGUUGGAGCCGCACUUUCUCAAUUUUUUAAAAAUGAAGCUGUAGUAAAGUCUCGGAAAGCACGCACGAAAAAAUUUAAUAGAAAAACCCAGCGAAUGCGUUAGAAAAUUAUCAUAGAAAAUCUAGAUUCUAGAUUCUUCCGGGGAAUUCGAGAAAAUUCUUCGAUUUUAC